GAAAAACCAAGGCUGUGCGCUCGCUACUCCGUCUCAGAAAUAUUUCAAACUCGAUAAUUCGACUAAGCAAAGGAACAUUCAUUGAUAAACGCGUAGACAACGUCGGUUAUUAACAUUCUCCAAGUGCUUGGGUUUAUUAUCGUUAUUUUUUUUUUUUGUUAUUUCGUCACGACUCAGCGUCCUUUUGCCACGGCCUUCUCGGCCUUACAGGCUUGUACACAACAUUUCUGCCUUCUUCGAGCAAUUUUAAUAGUGGGGAAAACAGAAAGCGUUCGUCGACUGGGCGUCUUGGUGGCAGCUGGUCCCUUGUACAGUAAUAUCCAGCUCAGAGACUAGGGAAGCCAAGUCUCGACGCCAUUACAAGUGCCCCUCACUCGUUCUCGCUUCGAAAAAUUCAACGCGGCUUGUACGGGGGCCUCGCCGUCAAUUCCAGUGAAAUGUGCGAGUUCAGACUGCUAACACUCGCGAGUUACGUUUAUUCGUGAGUGAAAAAAAAAGGGAAAAAAACCGAAAAAUUAACAACUAAUUGUCCGCGUAAAAGUCAGCACAUGAAAAAAUUCAUUUGGAUUUAUGUUUUUUCUUUUCAACAGAGACUGAGUUUGGAAGUAAUCUUUUAAAUUACAGUGAAUGAUUGUUCACUCUUUUAACUUCGAAAGAACGUAUUUUAAAAAUCGAGGCCAAGUGUUCGAGUGGAGAAAAACAUCGCUAAUUCAAGAGGGAAUUGGACACAGAAGGGAUGCACUGAUGAGGGAUAAUCUAACACCACUGAAACCGUCGGAGAAUCUACGACUGCCAGGCCAAUGUCCAAGCCCACCAACAGCCAACAAUCAGAAUCAAGUUGACGAAGUGGAUAAUCGCGAUUAUCGUUUGGAAUCAGCAAGACUAGCGAGCUAUGAAAAUUGGCCAGCGACAUUCAUGGAUGCUGGCAAAUUAGCAGCUGCUGGAUUUUAUUAUACUGGUGAAAUUGAUCGUGUUAAAUGUUUUGAGUGUGGUGUUGAGAUAUUCGAGUGGGUUGAGGGUGAUAAUCCAAUGUCGGAUCAUCAACGUUGGAGGUCGACGUGUAAAUUUGUACGAAAACAGCCGUGUGGUAAUGUACCAAUUGGUGUUGAUCCGAAUACAGUGCCAGUGCCACCACCGAGAAGUAGAGAUGUUUGUGGACGUUAUGGUGAGGAUUAUCGGCCAAAUGCCUCGCCUGAUUUUCGCACUGGACAGACUGAGUUCCAAUUUCCGAGUACAGCUAGACUAGGGAGUUUGAGAUUGGCCAAGGCCAAGGGACCAACUCAUCCAGAGUACGCUAGCUAUGAUGCUAGGUUGAGGACAUUUGAUAAUUGGCCAAAGUCAAUGCCACAGACAAAGGAGCAAUUGGCUGACGCUGGAUUUUAUUACACUGGACGAGGGGAUGAGACACAGUGCUAUCUGUGCGGGGGUGGGCUCAAGGAUUGGGAGCCCAAGGAUGACCCCUGGGAGCAGCAUGCCAUGUGGUUCAGCAAAUGCUAUUAUGUGCUUAUGGUCAAGGGACAGUCGUUCAUUGACAGUGUCAAUGGACAGACCGUACCACCACCUACAAGAGAGGAAACACUUCAGAUGCAUUUGCCCAGCUUCAUUGAGAAGGUCAAACAGCCCCCACAAUCAGAGGCAGAGGAGAAGGCCGAGGGCGAGGCAGCCAAGGAGCCGGCACCAGAGACAGCGUCGUCAUCACGCCCAAAUACACCACCCAAGAGUAAAAAUGCUGAUGACGCGAGGAUGUGCAAAAUUUGCUACAACGAGGAAUUGGGUGUUGUGUUUUUACCCUGUGGACACAUGGUGGCAUGUGUCAAGUGUGCACCGGGUAUGACAUCCUGCGCUGUGUGCCGGGAAAAGGUUACAAUGACCGUUCGUGCUAUAAUAUCUUAGUACUGCGAAGCGUGAAAAUUUUUCUCUCCUAAAUUUUUCCAUUCGGCUUCGAUGCCAGUGGAAGAGAAAAGAUACUAAAUCCCUGAUGAUAUAAAGUAAUACGCAAAGUUUGUGAACAUAUUUUUUCCGCGAUGAUUAAAUUAAUAAUGGAAAAUUAUAAACUCCUACAUUCAUUCGGGUAUGACUUUGCGCCUGCUAAAUGACAUGACUCAUGGAACAUAUCGCUAUCAGGCACUGUUUCAGGGGCUAUUUAAUGGUAAUUGGAUACCAUUGUCUUGACGUCAGACGUCUAAAGUGGUAAUUCAAUGAUGCAAAGCUUUACCAUUGAGAGGAAAUUUUUUUUUCAAUAUUUGAUUUUUUUGUGGAUUAAUUAACAACUCGCAAUGAUUACUUUUGGUGGAAAUCCAAUUUACAUUAAACCCGAAACCGCACCUGAUUCUCGAUAAAUUGCUAUUUUUAUGGAACAUUAAAAAUUGGCUGUUGCACUUCCUACAAUAAAUAAGAAAACUGCGCGAAAUGAAAACUUUAAGGUGUAAAAAAGGAUGAGAAAUGUGAAAAUGUAGAGAAAAAAAUAGCAAAAACUGUCAUGACGUCUAGUCGUUUUUCAGUAUAUCGCGUUUGCGUUAAAGUUAAAAUAAAGGAAGUGAAAGUAUAUAAAAUUUUACUUGCGUUUUAAUUCUAACUUUCUUAUGAUAUAAAAAAAAUAAAAGCAAAUUUAAAAGAAUUAAUAAUUGUUCAAAGUGUUCUAUAAUAAAAAGGUAAAAUGAAUGAUGUAAAAAUAUGUAUUACUAAUUAGAAAGAAAGAUAGUUUUCAUAACAAAUUAAUGGUCAUAGUUGACGGGCUUUUUAAACACUCUGUGAAGCAUUUUCUACCAAUUUUUUUAAAGUAUUUUAAUCCGUCAAACUCAUACGGUCAAAGUUUCAAGGUGAAAAAGAAGAUUAAAAAAUACUUUAUGAAUGCAUUGACGUACAUGAGACGUGUGGAACUGACAUCACAGUUCCGUUUUUAAUAAAUCGCAGAUGUGAGUCACAGAGCAGACGAGUUUCUGCAUGUUACAAAAGCACCACUCACGCAUUGACAGCUGAAAUUUAUGAAACAGACCAUUCAUUUGCCCCCUAUGCGCCACUCCGCGAGGGUAUAAAAAAUACCGAGCUUAAAUGGCCGAAAAAUCAACGAUAGAAAUCGUAGGAACAGACAUUGCGGGGCUGGGAAAUUUCAGCAACGCUUUCUUUUUCAUAAUGUUGCUAAUUGGAAGAAGCCGGGAUAGAUAUAUUUAUGCACUACAAUCGUAAAAGAUUCAUUUAUUUUAGAAUUUAACGGGUUUAUUGGUUGGGUUAUAAGACUUAUUAAAUCAGAUUCCUCUGCUGAAUGCGUCGUGAAAUUUCAUUUCCUUUUUUUCGAUUUCACAUGGCACGUAACUGUUCUCGGGUGAUAUUAACGCAGUAGUUAACACUUGAUAGGUCCAAAGGAUUCUUCACGGAUAUAUCCUCCACUUCUUACUCUCCAAGAAACAAAAAAUUGGUUCUAAAGUUAUUUGAGUUGAUUCUAUUUUUAAAAUUUUUUUCUUUUAAUUUCUGGUGUGCCUUGUCCCCUGAUCGUUCGAUAUCUAAUGGACCUUUGAUACCCACUGUUCUGUCUGAACAAGCAAGGAUAUACUGAAUUACAAUACCCCCUCUUGUAAGUGAAGAAAUUCAAUACAAAGAUAAUAACAAUGCAAAUCGAAGAUUGCCUCCGCUCGCGAUGAGCAAAGGUUCCAUUUAUAUAUUAAAAUAAGCCAAAUUUUUAAUUUCAAUGAUUUUCUUUUUUCUUUGAAUAUAUUAAAAAACUAUUCCUGGGUCGGAUUUCGUAUGUGAAUUCCAUGAAUCAUGCUAGUGAUAGAAAAUUUACGCGAAAAUUUAUUUUAAAGCACAAGUCCAUUGAUGUGAAGGAAAAUUGAAAUUUUUAUGUGGUCAUUUCCGAGUAUCAGGACUUUUUUAAAAGUUAUUCUUUCGUAAAUAUGUAUUAGGAACUCAUGCCUUUAUUAUACAAACGUGCGCAGUAAAUCGUAGGUUUAAGGCCCGAUUCCACCAAGCCCUGUUGAAAAAAUCUUCAGUUGAGAAUCGAUCGAUAUAAAUGACAGUAAUUUGCCGAUAAUUUUUUAUCGAGAGUUGAUCGACGAUUAUUCAUAAAAAUAACGUGGUAUAUCGGUGUAUCGUCACUAUUUGCUGGUAAUACCACAAAUGAUGAAGUAUUUACUCGAUAUUCACCAGCGAAUGGCUGAAUAUGACGAUGAAUUCCCGACGAAUUUAAGAUUGUUUACCCGGGGAAUAAAAUUACUUCUGACAUAAUUUUAUUCUCAGAAUUUAUUUCGUAACCCGGGCUUGGUGCAAGCGGCUCUAUGUUUAACAACAUAAGCCUCCUCAAGGUCGGAAACCUGAUAUGAAGGAUGACGAUGUAACACGUUAAUAUCAGUAUUUUUCAUCGCAAAAUAUUCUACUAUUCUUCAAACAGAAUGUGAUCAAUUUCGUUUCUAUUUCCAUUUAUUUUCAGUUUUAUUCCUCUAUGAAAUUAUAAUAAAUUGUUUUUCAAUUGGGAACGCGACCCGAUUUGAUUUCAAUGGAUCUCGUUAAAACGAAGAGUAGCGAACGUACCAUAUCAGACAUAUUUUCGAGAAGUUCAAUGGAUUACGGAUAAUAUGAGAGUCGUUUCAGAAUGUUGUUGUAAAAUUAUGUAAACUAAUGUUGUAUGGACGUGGAGAGAGUUCACGUUUACAGAAAAUCGGGUCGCGUUUCGUAAACACAAGAUGUUAAAUUCAUGUUUAUGUACAAAAACGCCUAUCUCAACAUCUCUUUUUGAUUAUAAAAUACAAACAGAAAAAGUGUCAUUGUAUUUAUCAUUUAUAUCAACCGUACGCAUGUACACACUGAUAAUAUAAUAUACAUUAAUAUUGAAUAAACUGAAGAAAAAUCAUUCAA